UCCGUUUUGUUUAUUUUGCUUGCGCUUUGGCGGGUUUUGAAUCAACGGAGCAGGGAGGGGUUGUUGCGUUAGUGCCGUGUCUGGGCGGGGGUUAAAACUUGAAAUAAAACCGUUUUUAUUUACAAAAUGCAAGGAAACACUCUGAUUUGUGGUUACUUGGACGUGAAAAUCUCGGCGAAAAGCAGAAGAGGCCUCACACCGUGGAAGGCAUGGCAAAAGCAGUGGUGUGAGUUAAAACGUCUAGACAAUAUCGAAAAUGGGGUGGAAUUGAAGCUGAAAUCGUCAAUGGAAGGCUCAGUCCUCAACUGUCUCCUUUUACCCAGGUCGUCGACCAUUUGCCGGACGGAGUCCCGCACCAAGCAGUACGCUUUUGGGGUGUUUGCCAUGGGGCGAACGCAAAAGCCGCUGUUGUUCCUGUCAGGGGCCAGUGAAAGUGAUGCCCAGGACUGGAUUGCCUCGAUUAGGAAAAUGCUGUGUGUGGCUUCCUACCUGCCAGUGGGUGAAUCGAAUUUUCACGUUUCUGUGGUCGACAACGUCCAUUCCAGAGCUGCAGGGUUGGUGGGGCUGCAUGGUGUGCUUGGGAGCAAUUCACAGGAAAUUGUUAUUUCCGACCCAUGCACGGGUGAUCCGAGACUGUGCUGGUACUGGCACCAGUUCCACCAGUUCCAUUUUCAAGCCCCGGCACAUCCGGUCGAUGAUAAGCGCAUCAUUGUGAUGCAUACGAGUGGUGAAUUUCCUGCCGGCCCAGGACAGAUUUACCUUUACUGCGAGCAAGGCUCUCGCCUUUUAAAUCAUUUAGUUACACGAGGAAAAAGAACCAAGACAAGCCCCGGUUUAAAAUCCUCGAAGCGACUAAGUCGCAGCGAAGGUGAUCUUUGCACCAACACAACCACCUCAGACAGUCCGGUCUGCAUCCGGAGUCAAACCGGAAGCGACGAUUCCGGAGUUCGGGUCUCCAUAGCUUCGGACGAUUCGGCCUAUUUGCUCAAACCAAAGACUGCUUCAAGCUUAAUCAGUAUUGGCAUGGGUGUGCUGACGAAAACACCCGGUGGAAGCGAGACAAACGACGACUCUUUGCAAGACUUGACAGCUCUUGAAGACCAAACGAAGUGUGGUUUACCGCGCCGCGAAUCGGGGGUUUCCCUGGCUUCGGGGAUUUACGAGGAAAUUUCCGAAGAUGCGGUCAAGCCGCUGACUAACCAUAUCUACGAAAACCCCAUCGAUUUAAUUUUAGAUAUAAAUUCGAAGCUGAAAAAGCACGCGAAACCGCCGCCUUUACCACCGAGAAAGUUCGAUUUUACGAAACGAUUCUCCGAGCAAUACAAGCACCGGUGUAACACUCUCCCAGCCAAGGACUUGUCGAAAAUAUCGCAGAUUUUCACGUCGGACUCCGAAUACGUGGUGAUGAGUCCGUCGAAACUCCCCGACAAAACCAAAGAAAAGUCGAAAAUUAGCACAAUUGCGGAGAGUUUGUACAUGCCGAUGUCGCCGGUGAUAAGUCUGAAGAACAAAAUCGAAAAUUGCUACAUGAUCAUGAACGGGAAAAAAUAAUACAUAUCUGGGAAUAUAUCAAGUACAAAAGUUGGACGAAAUUUGCCAUUGCUCAAUUUUUUGAUUGGAACCAAACUCGAAUCUCUUGAGUGCUCGUAUACUGAUCAAUCUUUCAAUGCCUUGCUUCUUGCCUUUUAUUGUUGAUUGUUGUUGUUAUCUCUGCGCCUUGGUUGCGAAAAGACGGAUCGAUUUUGUAACAUUUCGACCAGAUUUUGUUGUUUUGUGAUCUCGUGAUCGGUGUUUUGUUACUUAUUUUGUGGGUGGUUUACCGAGGAACGAAGCCAGUAUUAUGCCCUGUAUACUCGUUUUGUAAUAACAUUAUUGAAAUAUUUAACCAAAGCUUAAUAAAGUUUUUUUUAUAUUA